AUGACCGACGCCGACCCACCGUCGACGUCGUCCGCGGUGGACGUCCGCGAAACGACCACCGCGCCCGUGGUUCGGCGUUUCGUUCGCAAUCAGGUGCGCACGCGACGCUCGCGCGUUGUCCCACUCGCCGAAAAGUGUCCCGAACCGAAACUGACCGCGCCGACGCAGAUUCCGGACGAGAUCGCCAACGAUCCCGAGCUCGAGACGGCAAUGAAAGUGUUGCCGGUGAAUUACGACUUCGAGGUGAAGAAGACGGUGUGGCGGUUGCGACAGGUGGGGGUGAAGACGCUCGCGCUGCAGUUUCCCGAAGGUUUGUUGCUGUACGCGACGACGCUGUCGGAUAUAUUUCAAACGUUCGCGGGCGUGCGAGACGUGGUGAUACUGGGAGACGUGACGUACGGUGCGUGUUGCGUGGAUGAUUACACCGCGGAGUCGCUGGGGUGCGACUUUUUAGUGCAUUACGGGCACUCGUGCUUGGUGCCGGUGGACGUGACGCGAAUGAAGUGUCUGUACGUCUUUGUGGAUAUUUCGUUCGACGUCGGGCACUUGUGCGCGUCUGUGGAGCACAAUUUUAAACCUGGGUCGAGGUUGAUCCUGGCGGGGACGAUUCAGUUCGCGAGUGCGAUCCAAGAGACGCGGACGCGAUUGGCGGAAAGGUAUCCCUCGCUCGCGGUACCGCAAGCCAAGCCGUUGUCGCCGGGAGAGGUUUUGGGAUGCACGGCACCUGUGAUCGAAGACGCGAAGGAUAGAGACGCAAUAGUGUUCGUCGCCGAUGGACGAUUCCAUCUCGAGGCGAUUAUGAUCGCCAAUCCGACGGUGCCGGCGUUUCGCUAUGAUCCGUACCAGCGCAUUCUGACGCGCGAAGAGUACGCGCACAAGGAGAUGCGUUCGGUGCGUAAAAGCAUGGUAUCUCGAGCGAAAGACGCAAAAACAUUCGGCAUAGUUCUCGGCACGCUCGGUCGUCAGGGAAAUCCGGCGAUUCUGGAACAUUUAAUGUCUCUCAUGCGCGUCAAGGGUCGAGAGUACGUCGUGUUUUUAAUCAGUGAGAUGAACCCUGCGAAGAUGGCCGCGCUCGAGGGCCUCGACGCGUUCGUCCAAGUGGCUUGUCCGCGAUUAUCGAUCGAUUGGGGGGAAGAAUUCGAUCGACCGGUGUUGACGCCGUAUGAGGCGGAAGUCGCGCUCGAUAACGUCGAGCCGUGGUGGUUACUGGCUGGCGUCGCCCCGGGCGAGGAAUACGCACCUUACCCGAUGGACUACUACGCCAAAGACGGCGGCUCGUGGAGCAGUAGCUACCACAAGCAAACAGGUAAGAAUGGCAAGCCCAAGCGCGCGCCAGUGCGCAUCGAAACCGCCGAGUGA